AUGAAUGAAAGUUACGUACAGUCCUACAGUCGUGUUUGUUAGGUACUUGGUGUCUUGUUGUACGAGCCUCAAGUACGCAUGUGUGUGUUGUGCACGCUUUUCUCAGUUCAAAAACUUUCAUUGGAUUCUUAUUGAUCGUGGACGUAAAAUAAGCCAACUAAGGCAUAAUUAUCAGUAAAAUGUUAGUGUAAUUUUGAAUAGUGGUGUAUUAUAAUGCAUUUAAAAAAAACCCGAAAGUCGAGAAAAAACAUAUUUUUAUCGCAUAAGUGAAUUUCUGUGCCAAGUUUCCGAACGUAACUAAUGUCAGUCAAGUCAAGUAAAAUGUGACGGGUGCCCCAUGUUUUGCCUUUUGUAAUUUACUUGUUGAUUUUAUUAUAAGAAUUUAAUGAGAAUUUAGUGAACAAUUGUUAUAUCACAGCGAGGACAGCUAUGUUAUAGUUUUACAAGUGAACACAGUGUUGGCAAGUCGACGUAACGCUUUCACGGCCGCCGAUUGUUCAGGGUAGCGGCGGUGGGUGGGCGCGAUGGAGGACGACGUGACGUUCCUGUUCCAGCUGGGCGUGGUGCGCGACGCGGUGGCUGCGCCCGCGCACCUGCUCACGCUCGCGCACCUCAAGGACCUCGCCGUCAAGUUCGUGCAUGACAAGAUACCAGACAACGGCCUAAACCGUCUCUCAGACCGGAUCCUGCUGUUCCGUCACGACUACUGCUCGCCCAACGUGCUGCAGCUGAUCAACUCCGCCUCUGACGUCACGGACGAGACGCUCGUCGAGAUCGUGCUCACCGCCAACCGUGAGUAUGGAUCGUUGCUAUGCGAUGGCGGCGCGGAGGCUGCGCCGGCGCCGCGGCCGCACGCGCUGGCCGUGCACUCGUACAAGGCGCCCACCUUCUGCGACUUCUGCGGGGAAAUGCUGUUCGGAUUAGUGAGACAGGGGCUCAAGUGUGAAGGAUGCGGCCUAAACUACCACAAGCGGUGCGCAGUAAAGGUCCCCUCAAAUUGCACUUCCCCGGUGACGCCGGGCGCGGCCGGCGCCGGCGGGCGGCGCGUGUCCGGCAACACGAGCGCCGGCGGCACCGGGGGGCGCAGUCCCUCGCGCGGGUCUACCGCCAGCCACACCUCGCACGACGACUCGCUGGUAAGCGGCAAGCAGUCCCGCUCAGCAUCCCGCGCGGGCUCGCUGGGCUGGGCGCUGGCCAUCCCGCACACGUUCGAGGUGCACUCGUACACGCGGCCCACGGUGUGCCGCCACUGCAAGCGCCUGCUGCGCGGCCUGUUCAAGCAGGGCCUGCAGUGCCGCGACUGCCACUACAACGCGCACCGCAAGUGUCUGCCCUUCGUGCCCAAGGACUGUGGCGCUGAGAUACGGGAUCCGCACAGCGAGUACCAGGACAGCUGCAGCACGGGCAGCGAGCUGUCGGAGACGGCGCGGCUGCCGGACGACGAGUCCGACGACGGCGGCAACGAGGCCGCCGAGAGCGCCGCCGGGGAUGAUGGAGAGGUAAACACUAACUAUAACACAGGCGAGUACCAGGACAGCUGCAGCACGGGCAGCGAGCUGUCGGAGACGGCGCGGCUGCCGGACGACGAGUCCGACGACGGCGGCAACGAGGCCGCCGAGAGCGCCGCCGGGGAUGAUGGAGAGGUAAACACUAACUAUAACACAGGCGAGUACCAGGACAGCUGCAGCACGGGCAGCGAGCUGUCGGAGACAGCGCGGCUGCCGGACGACGAGUCCGACGACGGCGGCAACGAGGCCGCCGAGAGCGCCGCCGGGGAUGAUGGAGAGGUAAACACUAACUAUAACACAGGCGAGUACCAGGACAGCUGCAGCACGGGCAGCGAGCUGUCGGAGACAGCGCGGCUGCCGGACGACGAGUCCGACGACGGCGGCAACGAGGCCGCCGAGAGCGCCGCCGGGGAUGAUGGAGAGGUAAACACUAACUAUAACACAGGCGAGUACCAGGACAGCUGCAGCACGGGCAGCGAGCUGUCGGAGACGGCGCGGCUGCCGGACGACGAGUCCGACGACGGCGGCAACGAGGCCGCCGAGAGCGCCGCCGGGGAUGAUGGAGAGGUAAACACUAACUAUAACACAGGCGAGUACCAGGACAGCUGCAGCACGGGCAGCGAGCUGUCGGAGACGGCGCGGCUGCCGGACGACGAGUCCGACGACGGCGGCAACGAGGCCGCCGAGAGCGCCGCCGGGGAUGAUGGAGAGGUAAACACUAACUAUAACACAGGCGAGUACCAGGACAGCUGCAGCACGGGCAGCGAGCUGUCGGAGACGGCGCGGCUGCCGGACGACGAGUCCGACGACGGCGGCAACGAGGCCGCCGAGAGCGCCGCCGGGGAUGAUGGAGAGGUGGAGCUGCGUCAUCGCGAGGAGCCCCCGCAGCGCGACACGGCGGCCGAGCGCUCCGCCAGCCGCCCCAGCAGCUCGUCGUCUUCCCCCAGCGCGAACAUCCCACUCAUGCGCAUCGUGCAGUCCGUCAAGCACACCAAGAAGAGAGACGGACAGUGGCUCAAGGAGGGAUGGCUUGUGCACUUCACUAAUAAGGAUAAAACUUUACGUCGUCACUACUGGCGACUGGACAGCAAGUCGAUCACCCUGUUCACGUCGGAGCAGGGCAGCAAGUACUACAAGGAGAUACCGCUCAACGAGAUCCUCGCCAUCGAUACUGCCAGGCAGCCGCAUGCCGGGAUAGACGUGAUGCACUGCUUCGAAGUCCGCACGGCGAACGUGGACUACCUGGUAGGAGUAGAGGAGGCGUGUGCCGCCCCGCGCGACUCCGGGCUGGGGGCACAUGCUGCCAGGUCCUGGGAGACUGCGCUCAGGCAUGCGCUCAUGCCGGUCACACAUCAUACUGCGGAGUCUCGAGGCAUGGCGGCUGAGGCGGAGGGCGGGGGCGCGGGCGGCGAGGGCGAGGCGCGCGUCACGGACAUGGCGCAGCUCUACCAGAUCUACCCCGACGAGGUGCUGGGCUCGGGGCAGUUCGGCAUCGUGUACGGCGGCCUGCAUCGACGCUCCAAGAGACCCGUCGCUAUCAAGGUGAUAGACAAGCUCCGCUUCCCAACCAAACAAGAAGCCCAGCUGAAGAACGAAGUAGCCAUCCUGCAGAACCUGUCACACCCAGGAGUGGUCAACCUGGAGAGGAUGUUCGAGACGCCCGAGAGGAUCUUCGUGGUCAUGGAGAAGCUCAAGGGAGACAUGCUCGAGAUGAUACUGUCGCAUGAGAACGGGAGACUGACCGAGAGGAUUACCAAGUUCUUGGUGGCACAGAUCUUGGUAGCCCUAAAGCACCUGCACGAGAAGAACAUAGUGCACUGCGACCUGAAGCCGGAGAACGUGCUGCUGUCCACGGACGAGGAGUUCCCGCAGGUCAAGCUCUGCGACUUCGGCUUCGCCAGGAUCAUCGGGGAGAAGUCAUUCAGGCGGUCCGUUGUUGGCACUCCUGCUUAUCUUGCCCCGGAAGUGCUGCGCAACAAGGGCUACAACCGUUCGCUGGACAUGUGGUCGGUGGGCGUCAUCAUCUACGUGUCGCUGUCGGGCACCUUCCCCUUCAACGAGGACGAGGACAUCAACGAGCAGAUACAGAACGCCGCCUUCAUGUACCCGCCCACGCCCUGGCGGGAGAUCUCCGCUGAGGCGAUCGACCUAAUCAACAACCUGCUACAAGUGAAGCAGCGCAAGCGCCUGUCAGUGGACAAGUCAGUGUCUCACGCGUGGCUGCAGACGCGGACCGCGUGGCUCGACCUGCGGGCACUCGAAGCAAGGGUGGGCACGCGCUACCUCACGCAUCCCAGUGAUGAUAGUCGGUGGCAGAUGGCUGAGCGCUGACAUACUCCCACGCAUGAUAGCAGCCCGGCUGGCAGCAGCACUAACGAUGUGACUGCCCCAGCAUGCUGCAGCAGCGGUCCGCCCGCGCCCCCCGCACCUCUCACGCCCUCCCUGCUGCACCACGUGCGACGAGUGCUAACCAACCUCAAACAAGCUGUCUAUAUACGCACUACGUUCUACAAGAACAAGAUCAUAUACUGCGCCGCCGCUCGACUCAGUUCAGACUCGCCGCAAUACGUCAGACGCGGUCUGUCACGGUGUCAGACUUGAAUAUAAGUCACUCUGGUGUGGUUAAUUACAAAUAUUGUUAAUUUUAGUGUAAGAAUGAUUGCACUGGAAGUUUCGACUCUUAAGUACAUUGAAUAUUUAAAGAAAAUACGGGAUGAGUAUUUGAAAUAGGAUUAAAGUGAGAAAAAAUGUUUUAACACUAAACUUAUAAUCAACAUGAUUAUGAAAAUGUUAUCUUUGUCACUGUAUUCGUAUUUCAAAUACUCGUCCUGUAUAAGCAUUUGUAAUAUCGACAUGGGUGGAAUGGUUACAUAGUUAAGAUGUAUUUUAUAUUUUAAAUCAUUAAAUUAAAUGAAAAGAGAGAAAGCGAGCAAAUAAAGCAAAAUGUUUAACACUUGACAAACUACUACUGUCACAAAGCCUACCAUGUCAAGGUACCCCAAUGGUUGUCUAGUAACUGCAUUCCUACAUAGCGAAAUAUUUUUAAACAAAACUUUAUUGUUUUUACUUUUACUUAGCUAUUUUUUUAUUUAUUUUUGUUUACACAUUACGUAGUUUAAAUUAAAAUUAUUAACAUUUGCGUUGAUGUGUUGUGAACAAAUAUUAUUUUAAGUUAAUUAUUUUUAAGUGUUACGAAGAGAGAGGGCUUUUGCCUAAUAUUUUUAUGUCACAAAUAGAUAUGCUAGAGAAGUUUACCUGCCUGGGUAAUGUAACAUAAGUAAUCAAACAAAAGUACAUUUUACAAACACAGCGUUUAUUUUAAUAUACAUUUACAUGAAUAGUGUAACGAUCAUCAAACUCUUAGCAAUUGAGUAGACAUUCUUCUUGUAUUAAAGUACCUACCUAUAAUUAAUUUAAGGCUAACUAGAGCUGGCUUUUCCUUAGGCCCAGGAUCUACUAAAGAGAACCUGAGAAGUUUUUCAACCACCAAUAGAAUUUCCAGCAGACAAGAGAUGAUGGAAUUCUAUUGGUUGCUUAAAAACUCCAGUCCGCUCCACUUUGGUGGAGUCUGUGCCUAACCGUGGGUUCAGCCUAACUGUUUCUAACUCACUUCUUAAUGUUAAGCGAACUCCUAGUCUAUAAGGAUUUUAACUCUAUCUUCUAAGUUAUGAACUAAACUAUUGUUAGUACAUUGAUUUUGUAGACUAUACUACGUGAACGCUAGAUUUUAACCUAUUACAUGAACAAGAUAGAACAAAUGCAUAGAAAGAUAGUUUUUAAUGAACUUUAAUUAUUCUCCUAUACCUAUCUUUUCUUCCAAGCAUAGUAACAGUUGAUAAAAAUGAAAUAAUUGUAGAUCAAUUCAAACAGUCUUAAAUAUAAUUCCCAUAUAGUUUGUACGAAAAACAGCGUUCCCGACGGCCUAAAUAGAUGAAAAGUCAAAUGAUCACGGGAUUGGGUUUUAGAAAAUAUAGUAGCGACGAAAUUGUAUUGUAAAUUCCUUGUUAGUUCUAAAAUGAAGGACAAGGCCUAAAACUCGGCCUAAUAAUAUUUGUCUGGUAACUCUAGUAGUUAUCUGAAAUAAUUUGUUUGAAGUUGACUUGUUACCAGAAACUGAAAUGUGAAAUUUUAUACAAAUGAAAAACUUAAUAGGAAAUCAAUUUUUAACCUUAUUUUAUCAACCUAGGUUGCAAAAGAAAUAAAAGUGCCAACAUUUUAAAAAUUUCCCUAAAAGCUAUUUUGUACAUAGGCCAUUUUUAUGAGAGAUGGUUAAAUCAAAUAUUUUAACAAAAAUGCAUUUAAAUAUGAAAAACAGUCUUCCCCCAUUUUGUUACUUAAUUUUACGAAUAAGUACAGUCGAUACAAAAUACAUUUAGCUUUAAUAAAUCAUAAUGCUGAUAUCAGUCCAUACUCCAUCUACAUUAAAAUGCUUUUUAUAGUGCUGACUAAAGUCGAUAAAAUUAUAUACAUGAGGAAUUAAACAGUGUUGUCACAACUCCCUAUCGAUAUGAAGCUCUCAUUUCAUCUCUCUAACAACAUUUUAUCGAUAAACCAAUUUUAAAGAAUGAUAGGAGCGAACAUUGAUGUUAAACUUAGAAUAAAUAAAUGGAAUUUAAGUAAGUGUCCUACAGACUAACAUAAUUGGCAAUACAUAUAUGUUACAAGUAAAAAUUGUAUAACAUAUAUGUUGGGUAUUGUACGCGUGGUGGUAGAAUCGAAAGUAAUUCAUCGGAGAUAGGUUAAUACGCUAGGGAUAGUGGACAGAAGGGACCUUUGCUAAGUGUAUACGUCGUGUGUGUGUCUGUAUGUCACUAUUGUUGUACUGUUCUUGUCGAGCCGUCAUUCCAAGAGAGAAGCGACCCGGGGAUGGUCUACUGGCUUUUAAUGUGUAACUCAAACAUUUAACUUUUUAAACUGUGGUACUUAUUCUACAGAUUAAAGAUUGUUCAAUAGUCCUCGUGCUAAUCUUGAAACUUAAAUUGAAACUGAGCUAUGGUGUACAUAGAUACCAGGGCAUCGAGUUUCAGUAUCUUCUAUUAAUCAAUUCAGAUCAUGAGUUGAGCCUCAUGACUGUCCCCGGUAGCACAUAUAACACAAAGCUGUGAUUUUAUACAUUUAUUUUAAUUUUUAUACAUUUUACAAUAUUUUGCAAUACAAGCUUCCAUUUUCUGUGAUCUCUUUACGGCGUUACGUUACUCGCAGCUAGCUCAUGAAAUAUUAUUUGUAAUUAAUUAUAUAUCUAGGUGUAUAUGUUGUCUAUGUAACGUUAAUGUGCUAAUCUUGUAAUUAAUCUAUAUUUAAUACUUUUCUUAUGUAAGCUUGCGUAUUAGGUGACAGAAGCAUGUUACUGGUACAUGUAUCACAGGUGAAGGCUCGUACAAGUAUUACGUGAGCAUAUUGAGUGUGUGUCACUUAAUAUGCAAGUUUGCGUACUAUCUAUACAUUUCAAUCGUCAAUUCUGGCCUGUUACUGUAGGUGCUCGUUGUGUUACACGAGUGUUCCCGCGCGAGCGACGCCGGGUGACGCUCGCUGUAUUAGUAUUAUUAUUGUCGUGUCUUCUGUUUGUUUGUGUCUGUUAUUUUGAGUCGAAAAUACUUAUAAAAUAAAUUCUACUAUAACAGACAAUAAUGUAUGCAAAAUAUGUUGUUUCUGUUCUUUAUACAAUUUUAUAAUUUUACUUUACAAAUGUAUUUAAUUUAAUAUUUUUAAAAUAACGGACAAAAACUGAUGAUGUUGUAUAUUUCGUUCAAUAUAGUUGACUCAAUUGUAUGUUAUGUUAUAAAUGGUGAAUUUUGGACCAAACCCCAAAUUGUAAUCGUAUAGUGUAUAGUUGUAACAUAUUAAUAUAUCAUCCAAAUAUGUGUAGCAUCCGAAUGUGUCAGAGUGAACUGGGAACACGCCACAACAGCAAAUAUUUAUUUGCUUCCAACAUAUAAUAAAAUUAAGAAUAUAACAUGCCGCCAAUUUUGUGCCAAGUAUAAUAGUGAUUAUAAUUUUUAGAAGACAUUUUUGCAAGCCAAUCAGUCCUCAUAUUUUCUAUUUGUAUUUCAAAAAGUUAUAUGUGUCAAAUCCUAGUACUUAAACCUACUAUUUUGCAAAUAUACAAACGCUAUAUGCGGGGAGUUGCCCUCGGGACACGGAUGAAACCGCCGGUGGAACUUAGUGCUUUUUAAAUAAUUAAAAAUUAAUAGAUCUAGGUUUUUCAGAAGAAUUGUGCAUUAUAAAUCUAGCUGACACAUUCGGACGCAUCGGUGGCAAAUGUAUAUUUAGCAUCUAACAAGUGUCAAAAUGAACGAUUGUUGUCAAUGUGACAAAUGGCGAGAAUACACAGUGGCUUUUGCAUGGCUUAUGACUGCCUUUGUGUAAGUUCUAAAUCUAACUUAUCAAAGGGAAUGUGGGUUAAUUUAAGCCAUAUGCGCAUACUUGAACUCGGAAACUAGCUGGGAGCCGCCAUCAAGUUUGGAGAAAUCAUUAUCAAAGGUUCUUUACUCGCAGGAAUAAAUAAGUUUCAUAAAAUUUUAAUGCACGAUUUGCUUAGCGGCUUAAUAGGUCAUAUUCAUUAAGAAAGCGAGAGCUAUUUCUUACUAUAAAUGAGCAGAGCACCAUAAGAAGCCAUUGUGUACUUCUGCAAUAACACAGCAUUGGCACAUCAUGCUGUUACAAGCAUAAUACUGGGUGAGUGGUUGUUGAUACUGGGAGGGUCCGGGGGUGUACUCGUUACUAGUGUUCAAAAAUAAUAACGAUGUCAGCUGACAGGGCGAACUUCAUUGUAACAAAGAUUGGUCUAUGGGAAGUGAAAGUUUCAUUUUAAAAAGUGGACCCUCAGAUAUUGCGGAAAACUUGCAUUUACUGUAUUUUUUUUUAGAUUUUGAACUUGGCGAGUACAACCCACCGGGCCCAAGUGUUGAUGUUUUAGCUUAAGAGAUUAAUAUUGUGACAGAUCGAUUUACAAAUUGUGUUAUUAUUAAUUAUUUAAAUAAUAAAUGCCGUUUUGAAUAUAA